UCAAGCUUCCCGUCUAAACUAUUAAAAAGAUUUUCAUGGCUCUUAAGGCCAUGAAAGAAAACUCUUCCUCUUCUUCUUCUUCUUCUUCUUCUUCUUCUUCUUCUUCUUCUUCUUCUUCUCAACAAUGGAAAUAUGAUGUUUUUCUUAGCUUUAGGGGUGAAGGUACCCGUAAGAAUUUUAUCAGUCAUUUGUGUAAAGAGUUUCGUCAAAAAGGAAUCAUAAUAUUCAAGGAUGAUCGAGAACUUGAGAAAGGGGAAACUAUUUCUCAAGAACUCCUCAAAGCAAUUGAAAGCUCCAAAAUUUCUGGUCAUCUUUUCAAAAAACUACGCUUCUUCAACAUGGUGUUUGGAUGAACUCGUAAAAAUUUUAGAAUGCAAGAACUCUGGCAACCAAAUAGUUUUGCCCAUUUUCUAUGAUGUGAAUCCAUCAGAAGUUCGAAAACAGAAUGGGAGUUUUGAAAAUGACUCUGAACAUUAUCAGCAGAACGACGAGAGGGUGCAACGGUGGAGACUUGCUAUGACUCAAGUGGCCAAUCUUUCUGGAUGGAAUUUGCAAGACAGCAUGAAAAGUUUGAUCAAAACUUGUGAAAUCCAGUCAAACUCAGACGACAUGGUUGACAACGUCAUUGAUUAGUGACAUUGUAAAUGCAAUAGUUUUUUUUUUUUUUUUGACAAUGUAAAUGCAAUAGUAAUAUUUGUUUCUAUAAAAGAUAACUCUAAACUAUUAUUAUGAAAAGUAUAAAUUUAUUAUCGAUAUUUUUGAUAGUCAAUUAUGGAAAAUGAUUGUCCACUAAAAAUUAAAUAAUAUUAAUUGAAAUUUAAGAGUAAAUUA